AUGGCCGCGCAGGGCGAGCCGGGCUACCUGGCGGCGGCGCAGUCGGAUCCGGGCUCCAACAGCGAGCGCAGCACCGACUCGCCGGUGGCCGGCUCCGAGGACGAUCUGGUGGCCGCGGCGCCCCUCCUGCACAGCCCCGAGUGGAGCGAGGAGCGCUUCCGCGUGGACAGGAAGAAACUCGAGGCCAUGCUCCAAGCUGCAGCUGAAGGAAAAGGCAGAAGUGGGGAAGACUUUUUUCAAAAGAUCAUGGAGGAGACAAACACGCAGAUUGCAUGGCCGUCCAAACUGAAGAUCGGGGCCAAAUCCAAGAAAGAUCCCCACAUCAAGGUUUCUGGGAAGAAAGAGGCUGUGAAGGAAGCCAAAGAAAUGAUCAUGGCCGUCUUAGACACGAAAAGCAACCGCGUCACGUUGAAGAUGGAUGUCUCGCACACAGAGCACUCCCACGUCAUCGGCAAGGGCGGUAACAACAUUAAAAAGGUGAUGGAAGACACGGGCUGCCACAUCCACUUCCCAGACUCCAACAGGAACAACCAGGUGGAAAAGAGUAACCAGGUGUCUAUAGCAGGACAGCCAGCAGGAGUAGAAUCGGCCCGAGCGAGGAUUCGGGAGCUGCUUCCUUUGGUGCUGAUGUUUGAGUUACCGAUCGCCGGGAUUCUCCAACCGGUCCCAGAUCCCAACACCCCCUCCAUCCAGCACAUCUCACAGACGUACAGCGUUUCCGUGUCGUUUAAGCAGAGGUCUCGAAUGUAUGGUGCUACCGUCAUAGUGCGAGGGUCUCAGAAUAACACUAAUGCUGUGAAGGAAGGGACAGCCAUGCUAUUGGAACACCUCGCAGGGAGCUUGGCAUCCGCCAUCCCCGUGAGCACACAACUGGAUAUAGCAGCCCAACACCACCUCUUCAUGAUGGGCCGGAACGGAAGCAACGUCAAACACAUCAUGCAGAGGACAGGGGCGCAGAUCCACUUUCCCGACCCCAGCAAUCCACAGAAGAAAUCCACCGUCUACCUCCAGGGCACCAUUGAGUCCGUCUGCCUGGCAAGGCAGUACCUCAUGGGGUGUCUUCCUCUGGUGUUGAUGUUUGAUAUGAAGGAGGACAUCGACGUGGACCCACAGGUCAUCGCACAGCUCAUGGAGCAGCUAGACGUCUUUAUCAGUAUUAAACCAAAGCCCAAACAGCCCAGCAAGUCUGUGAUUGUGAAAAGUGUUGAGCGAAAUGCCUUAAAUAUGUAUGAAGCAAGGAAGUGUCUCCUCGGACUUGAAAGCAGUGGGGUUUCCAUAGCAACCAGUCUAUCCCCAGCAUCGUGCCCUGCCGGCCUGGCAUGUCCCAGCCUGGAUAUCUUAGCUUCGGCAGGCCUUGGACUCACUGGACUAGGUCUAUUGGGGCCCACCACAUUGUCCCUCAACACGUCAACCACCCCAAACUCACUCCUGAAUGCCCUCAACAGUUCUGUCAGUCCUUUGCAAAGUUCAAGUUCCGGGACCCCAAGCCCGACGUUGUGGGCCUCCUCAAUCCCCAACACUGCAAGUGCCACAGGUUUUUCUACGAUACCACACCUUAUGAUCCCGUCUACUGCCCAGGCCACAUUAACCAAUAUCCUGCUGUCUGGAGUGCCCACAUACGGGCAUACAGCCCCGUCUCCCCCACCUGGCUUGACUCCUGUUGACGUCCACAUCAACAGCAUGCAGACAGAAAGCAAAAACAUCUCUGCUUCUAUAAAUGGACACGUGCAGCCUCCGAACAUGAAAUACGGUCCGCUUUCCACUUCAUCGCUUGGGGAAAAAGUGCUGAGUUCUAAUCAUGGUGAUCCAUCCAUGCAGACAGCUGGGCCCGAACAGGCUUCUCCUAAAUCAAACUCAGUAGAAGGCUGCAAUGAUGCCUUUGUUGAAGUGGGCAUGCCUCGAAGUCCUUCCCAUUCCGGAAACGCUGGUGACUUGAAGCAGAUGCUGGGUCCCUCCAAGGUCUCCUGUGCCAAGCGGCAGACCGUUGAGCUACUGCAGGGCACGAAGAACUCGCACCUCCACAGCACUGACAGAUUACUCUCAGACCCCGAACUGAGUGCCACAGAAAGUCCUCUUGCUGACAAGAAGGCUCCAGGGAGCGAGCGUGCGGCUGAGAGGGCAGCGGCUGCCCAGCAGAACUCGGAAAGGGCCCGCCUGGCCUCGCAGCCACCAUAUGUCCACAUGCAGGCCUUUGACUAUGAGCAGAAGAAACUACUAGCCACCAAAGCGAUGUUAAAGAAGCCAGUGGUGACUGAGGUCAGAACGCCUACGAACACAUGGAGUGGCCUGGGGUUCUCGAAGUCCAUGCCGGCAGAAACCAUCAAGGAACUGAGGAGAGCGAACCACGUGUCCUAUAAGCCCACAAUGACAACCGCCUAUGAGGGCUCCUCAUUGUCCCUCUCAAGGUCCAGCAGUCGUGAGCACCUGGCGAGCGGAAGCGAGUCAGACAACUGGAGAGACCGAAACGGAAUCGGCCCCAUGGGUCACAGUGAAUUCUCGGCACCGAUCGGCAGCCCCAAGCGCAAGCAGAACAAAUCAAGAGAGCACUAUCUAAGCAGCAGCAACUACAUGGACUGCAUUUCCUCGCUGACAGGAAGCAAUGGCUGCAACCUGAACAGUUGUUUCAAAGGCUCGGACCUCCCCGAGCUUUUCAGCAAACUGGGCCUCGGCAAAUACACAGAUGUCUUCCAGCAGCAGGAGAUCGAUCUCCAGACAUUCCUCACCCUCACAGACCAGGAUCUGAAGGAGCUGGGAAUCACAACCUUUGGUGCCCGGAGGAAAAUGCUGCUGGCAAUUUCAGAGCUAAGUAAAAACCGAAGAAAACUCUUUGAACCGCCAAACACGCCAACCGCGUGCACCUCCUUCCUGGAAGGCGGAGCCAGUGGGAGGCUGCCCCGCCAGUAUCAUUCAGACAUCGCCAGCGUCAGUGGCCGCUGGUAGCGGUACCUUCUGGACACGCACCUGCUAUCAGCAAAGGUGGACGCGAUCUGUGGACAGUCUUCACUGCGCUCGUCCGUCCUUGGCACUCCGGGCGUCCGGUAUCAGGACCAAAGUGUGGAAUUCGCACCCGUACUUCACUGACGGCAAAAUAAGAAGACAAGAGAAAGGGUCUCGUGGUCUCAUGUUGCCGUAAAAGCACCAAAGGGGAAAUGCUUUUUCAAACCGGCAAUUGGACAGAAUUUGCAAAAUGAGGGUAGGGCUUCGUUUCUUUGUAUUUACCUAUAUUACAUAUGCACUGAUCUUUUUUUUUUUUCUUCUUGGUACCUAAAAUGAAGGAGAAUUUUGACAUCUGGGAUGCCAGAAAACGUAGAAGUUAUUUUGUUGGUUCGAACUGUCUUGGUGUUUGGGGAUUUGAAAAAAAAAAUAAUCAAAGUAUAAUUUUUCUGCUUUAAAAUGAUGACUGAGGUCUUCCAGCACUUUACAUGAUCUAGUUGUUCCUCCUGUGGAAUCUGUCUCUCAUCUCCGUGUUUCCGGUAUUGGUAUAGUUUUUUUUUUUUUUCCUGGCUUCUUCACAUGUUUAUUUGAAAUGGUACUGGACCUUAAUUAGUUCCCAUGCCGAGUUUUCUGUGCUGUUGGGAAAUGUGGGCCACUUGGCUCUGGACCAAAGUCAGUUCAUUUGUGUCAACAUCUUAGGAACCUUUGGCCAUGACAGGCCAGGUACGAUAGACAGACCGAAUGGACUUUACAAUACUAACUCUUUGCGGUUGGCAUAGUUAGCUGCUGUCUUGUAUUGCUAAAUUCCAAUGGUUGUCUGAAGGCCAAGAGGCUGGUCUUUUAGUAUACUGCCACUAAAGGACAUUUAUUUAUAUCAAACUUUUAUUUUUAGAUAUUAUAAGCCUACAGUAGACAAACUGAUGAGAUUGAUAUUUUCUAGAGAUUUAUGGUAGAGAUUGAGCUGCAUUCAUAACUGGAGCCCUAGGUUGUCACUUUAUUUAAGAAGACGAGCAACCAUUUGACGAGACAGCACUGCUGCCAUUAUGAAGAGAAGAGGCCCCGCCUCCUUACCCAGUAGCUCCGCCCCCUGUGGGUCAGGGGACUUUCCCUAAAGUGCCUUUGUCUGCUCAGAAGUCAACUUGGAUCAGUUGGAAACAUAGAAAGGGUCUAGGGGACAGCUUAUCCAAGAGCUGAAUUCUGAAGGGGGAGGGAGAAAAAAAAAAAAAGGCUUUCUAAAUGGCUAGAUUUAUUGUUACAAUCUUAUACUGUGAAAGUCUAAGAGAUUAGCGGACACUAUUUCCUGUCUUUGCAGAUGAUACAAAGGUUUUCAGUCCAAUGAGGAAAACCACUCAAGUGCCUCUCUUCAGAGCUACAUUCUUACCAAAUGUAUACAGUUUUUUAGGGAGGGGAGGGGAUUUUUCCCAUAGGGCAUGUUGUCAGUUACCUUUAGUGAUUGUGUUUCUGUUCAUAUGUUAAUGCUUUCUGUGUGAUAUAAACCCCUCCCUCCUGUUCUUGGUAGAGAGGAGUUGGAGAUGUAUGCUGGGUGCCUAUACAAAUUCAAGGUACGAAAUACUUGCCUGAUGUUCUCUUCUAAUUCUGGUCACCAAAGAACUGAAGGGAUAUUUUUUACACAUAGAAAAGUUUUUCACUUUGCAAACGUUGGCUACCUGGAAGCUUAGCCGAUGACAACGAACUUACCACAGCGGUAAUAUCUACCUGGCUUCAAUCUCAGCCUAACUGCAUAAGGAUACAGAAUUGAAUCACUCCCUGCACAAGCAUGGUGUGGCCAUCCCGUGCCCAUAUGCUCAGAUGACCACCUGAGGCUCAACACAUAACCAACUGACCACUCAGAAGACUACUCAGUUUUCCAAAUUUGGUUGUUUCUUUAAUUAAAAAAGAAAAAAAGUCAUUGGGUGCUUAUUGUGGACUCUGUCAUGCAUUUGCUAAAAGGAAGGAAAGGAACCAAAUAUUUAGUAAUAAGCCGGCUUAGGUUGUAUACAUAGUGCUUUGAUUUCACACCAAAGGGAAAACUGUUCACUCCAACUCGAUUAAAUGGGGAGGCUAAGAAAUAAUUAGAAACACUGGAAGGUUUUUCUCCCUUUUUCUUAAUGCAGUGAAGGGAAUAUGACACCAGGGCCUACAGAGUUGUUGGUGUUCUUUGUCAUGCAUGGAAUAUUUGGGUUGUUGGAAGUAAUGUUAACUUUUAGCCAACCUGGCUUUUCUCAUGAUUGGUGAUCUGUAAAUAUGGAACGGACCUGGAUUGUAUUUCAUGGGGGGGGGGGGUCCUUGUCCUUUUUAUCACUUUUUAAAAACCCGUGAGAUGGGAUCAACAUUGAAAGUGGGGAUUUUUUUUCUAAAGCAAUCAUUACAUGAGAAAUAAAUUUAUAUAACCCCUUUGUAUCGCUUUCUAUA